AUGUCUGGAAUCGCAGGCGGAAGACUUGCCGAAGAGCGCAAAUCAUGGCGCAAAAACCAUCCGUUCGGCUUCGUCGCAAGGCCGUCGUUGAAUCCAGACGGUACACGCAAUCUGUUCAACUGGGAAUGCGCUAUCCCUGGCAAAAAGGGCACAAUUUGGGAAGGAGGACUCUAUCGGAUGCGAAUGCUCUUCAAAGAUGACUAUCCAUCUACACCGCCCAAAUGCAAAUUCGACCCACCACUGUUUCAUCCGAAUGUGUACCCAUCUGGCACGGUGUGCUUGUCGUUGUUGGACGAAAAUAAGGUAUGUUUGAAGAAAUGA